CAACCCCUGACAACACAACCAGCAACUACCCAACCCCCUACUACACAACCCCCUACCAGCCAACCCCCGUCAACACAGCCUCCAACCACCCAGCCCCCUACUACUCAACCUCCUACCACUAAACCCCCUUCCACUCAACCCCCGACUACACAACCCCCUACCACGCGUCCGCCGACUACUCAACCCCCUUCCACCCAACCCCCUACUACUCAGCCACCAACUACCCAACCCCCGACAACACAACCACCAACUACCCAGCCCCCUACUACUCAAACUCCCACCACUCAACCUCCUACCACCCAACCCCCUACGACUCAGCCACCAACUACUCAACCCCCGACUACACAACCUCCUACCGCCUGGCCACCUACCACCCAACCACCUACUACCCAACCUCCUACAACUCAACCUCCUUCCACCCAACCCCCGACAACACAGCCACCAACUACCAAACCCCCUACUACUAAGCAACCAACUACCCAACCCCCGACAACCCAGCCCCCUACUACUCAACCUCCUACCACUCAACCUCCUUUCACUCAACCCCCGACAACACAGCCACCAUCAACCCAGCCCCCUAUUACACAACCCCCUUCCACCCAACCCCCGACUACACAACCCCCUACCACGCGUCCGCCGAUUACUCAACCACCUACUACUCGGCCGCCAACUACCCAGCCCCCUUCUACUCAACCACCUACCACUCAACCUCCCACCACCCAACCCCCAACAACACAGCCUCCUAUGACACAUCCACCAACUGCCCAACCCCCGACAACUCAACCUCCUUCUACUAAACCUCCUACCACCCAACCCCCGACAACACAGCCACCAACUACCAAGCCCCCUACUACGCAACCCCCUACCACCCAACCUCCAACCACCCAACCCCCGACAACACAGCCACCAACCACCCAGCCCCCUACUACUCAACCUCCCACCACUCAACCCCCUUCCACCCAACCCCCGACUACACAACCCCCUUACACGCGUCCGCCUACUACCCAACCCCCUACUACUCAGCCACCAACUACCCAGCCCCCUACUCCUCAACCCCCUUCCACGCAACCCCCGACAACACAGCCACCAACUACCCAGCCCCCUACUACUCAACCUCCCACCACUCAACCCCCUUCCACCCAACCCCCGACUACACAACCCCCUUACACGCGUCCGCCUACUACCCAACCCCCUACUACUCAGCCACCAACUACCCAGCCCCCUACUACUCAACCCCCUUCCACGCAACCCCCGACAACACAACCCCCUACCACCCGUCAACCGACUACCCAACCCCCUACUACUCAGCCACCAACUACACAACCUCCUACUACUCAGCCACCAACUACCCAGCCCCCUACUACUCAACCUCCUACCACCCAGCCACCUACCACCCAACCCCCUACCACUCAGCCACCAACUACCCAACCCCCGACUACCCAACCUCCUACCACCCAGCCCCCUACUACUCAACCUCCUACCUCCCGACCCCCGACUACUCAACCCCCGACAACACAGCCACCAUCAACCCAGCCCCCUACUACUCAACCUCCUACGACUCAACCCCCUACUACUCAAACCCCUUCCACGCAACCCCCGACAACACAACCCCCGACUACCCAACCUCCUACCACUCAACCCCCUACUACUCAACCCCCUACUACUCAGCCACCAACUACACAACCCCCGACAACACAGCCACCAUCAACCAAGCCCCCUACUACUCAACCUCCUACCACUCAACCUCCAACCACCCAACCCCCGACAGCACAACCCCCUACCACACCUGUCCCUUGUCUGCAUCCUGGAGUUGAAGUUUGUGGGACGAGCCUCCCAGGACUAUAUUUUUACAACAGCUGCGUCGCUCCAGGAAACAAUUAUGCUAGCGCUAUUGCAGGAAGCAGCUGCACACAUUCAUUCAGUGCCUUGGCCAGCCUCAAAGGUCUGGAGGUCGAAGUCCUAACUGAAAUCCCAUUCAGCGUUUACUUCUUUCUCCGUUGUCGUGCGCCUGAUAUGGAUGUGAACACGUGGAUGAACGCAAAUGAUGAAGAUGGCAAAUCAAUGGUUUAUACCAUACCCGCCGUACUUGGAGAUAAUGACACUAUCCGGAUGUCACUUGGAUCACUGACAGGGGUUGAGGUUGAGACAUGUGAAAUCUCUUUUAUGAAGCCAGGACCGGCAUAUGUGAUCCACUUGAAGUUUAACUUCGACGUCUGCGUUACGAUAGAUCACUGUGUACCGGAACAGCCAGGAUGCAGAUUCAACGGAAAUUUUUACGAUGUGAGUAAAUGAGAAUGAUUAUUAUAA